AUGAAAUGCGCUACUAUAUAUUCAUUUUUAAUAAAUACAUUAUUUGUUCUUCUAGAAAUAAAAUGUAAUAAUCUCAUAGAAGAAUGUAAACAAUGGGGUGCAUGGUCAGAAUGUAAAAAUGGAGUUAAUACAAGAAUUUGUUUAACUGAUAAUUCUUUAAGUGAAGAAAGGUCAUGUAAUAAUUGCGGUCCUUGGGAAAAUUGGUCUCCAUGCAAAAAUGGGAAGAAACAUCGAAAAGUAAUUAAUUGUCCAUUCAUUAAAGAAGAACAAGAUUGUACUUCGGAUGAAGCAAAUGACCCAAGUAUAUAUAACAGUACUACUCUUUAUUUUAAUCAUGAAGAGGAAGAAACAAAUAACGACAAUGAAAACACAGUGAAGCAAAGAAGUGAUAUACAAGUUGGUAACAAUGGCCAUGAAGUCAGUAUCACUGAACAUGAUUACGCUAAAAAAGUAAAAAAACGAAGCAGUAAUAACAGUAGUGAUAGUAGUAAUGGCAGUGGUAGUAGUGAUAAUAGUAAUGGCAGUGGUAGUAGUGAUAGUAGUAAUGGCAGUGGUAGUAGUGAUAAUAGUAAUGGCAGUGGUAGUAGUGAUAGUAGUAAUGGCAGUGGUAGUAGUGAUAGUAGUAAUGGCAGUGGUAGUAGUGAUAAUAGUAAUGGCAGUGGUAGUAGUGAUAGUAGUAGUAGUGAUAGUAGUAAUGGCAGUGGUAGUAGUGAUAAUAGUAAUGGCAGUGGUAGUAGUGAUAGUAGUGAUAGUAGUGGUAAAAAUGGCGCUUCAUCAAGUUUUUUAAGUAAAAUAGAUUACGAACAAAACGAUAACACUGAAGGUAACUACAAAAAUUUGGACGCAUCGACUAGUGGCGGCAAGUCGAAUUCUCUUGAUAGUACAUCCACUGAUGCAAAUACCACUACUACCGCAGUCGAUGUUACAAUGCACAAUGAAAAAUUAGAAAACACUUCAAGUCCCACAGAAGAGGUUUUAUCACAACCAGAAAACGACAGCAAGGAAAGCGAGAGUAAUAAUUCUGAACAAAUUAAUAAUAAUAAUAAUAAUAAUAAUAAUAAUAAUAAUAAUAAUAAUAAUAAUAAUAAUAAUAAUAAUAAUAAUAAUAAUAAUAAUAAUGAUACUUACUAUAAUAAUAGUAGUAGUACCAAUUCAGAAGAGAUAAAGAAUAAAAGUAAUAUUACCCCCAAUUUAGAGAAUAGCACAAAUGGGGAAGUUAAAAUGGUAUUACCAUCAAGGGAUACAAAAAAGGCAAAAAAUUUUAGAGAAAAUAAAACAGAGGAAAAUUUAAAUAAAUCUUAUGAAAAUACUCAACCAAAAAAUAAAACUGAUGAAAAUGUCAAUUCAUAUAAUUUUUAUGAACAGCAAGGAACAAAAUAUGAGCAAAAGAAAAAUAAUUAUGAAGACAAGAAUAGAAGAGGUGCUCCAAAUUUUAAUCAAACAUACAUAGCAAGUGGUGUGGGCUUUGUUUUGCUUCUAAGCGGAAGCGCAGCUAGCUAUGCUUUGUAUAAUGGAAAAUAUAAACAAUUAACUGAAGAAACUAAGCAAGAAAAUUUUGAAGUCAUGUUCAAUGAAGAUAAUGCAAAGGGAAAGGAAAACAAAUCCAUAUAUGAAGACGAGUUUUGGGCCCUUGAAUGA